AUGGCGGCGGCGAAGCCCGGUAGUAGUAGCGACAUCGACACGGCGGAGCUGGACCGGGUGCUACACGCGGUGGGCUUCCAGAUCGAGACGGUCUCCCCCGCGCUGCUCGCCGGGAGGCUCCCCGUCACGGAGCGCUGCUGCCAGCCGUUCAAGGUGCUGCACGGCGGCGUGUCGGCGCUGGUGUCUGAGGCGCUGGCCAGCAUGGGCGCGCACAUGGCGUCGGGCUACCGCCGCGUCGCGGGCGUGCACCUCAGCAUCAACCACUUCCGUAGCGCCGCCCUCGGCGACGUCGUGCUCGCCCGCGCCGUCCCCGUCCACCUCGGCCAAUCAAUUCAGGUGUGGGAGGUGAAGCUGUGGAAGAUGGACCCGUCGGCGGAGAUGAAGAAGGGGCCGCAGAUCGCCGAGGCCAAGGUGACGCUGCUCUGCAACCUGCCCGUGCCGGACAACCUCCACCACGCCGGCGACGCCCUCAAGAAGUACGCCGCCGAUGGCGCUGCACCUGCACCAACCACCACCGCCACCAGCAAACUGUAA